CCUGAACAUUGUUCUGUCUUCCAAGAGAACAGAGAAGUGACGUCAGCGUUUGAUUAGCAUAUCUCCCUCUAUAUAUUUCAUGCUUGCGCAUUGGCGCGACACAGUACUGCAACGUUAUUCAGCUAAAGACUCCAAACUCUAAUACGUCUACAAAGACAACCAAUCAUGUCUGACAAGCCAAACCUUGAGGAGGUCACCAGCUUUGACAAAAGCAAGCUGAAGAAGACUGAGACGCAGGAGAAAAACCCACUGCCAUCUAAAGAAACCAUUGAACAGGAGAAGCAGGCGUCCUCGUGAAGACACAAGUUGCCAUCAUGCACUGUGCACACUCCCUUCCCUGCAUUGCCUUCUUUUCAGUCACUUCUUUUAGCAGUAUAACUUUGUAACCAAAAUGUCAAAAAAGAAAAUAUGAAACAGAAAAAAAUAAAAAUAAAUCUAAAGCUGCAUCACUGUCAGAUGGGAUGAGCCGACCCUUCUAGCAACACCUAGAUGCAUCUGGACCACCUCCCUUGUCCAGUCCAGCGAAGAGAAGAACAAAAUGCUCUAAUUCCAGGAGCAUGUUGCAUGGAUUCAUCUGGUGCCCACGGUGGGCUUUUUUGCAUUGGUUGCCAUAGGAUAAGGGGGCGUGGCCUAGUGGAUAUCCCCAAAUUUUCAUCAUCCGAUUGAGGUGUGGCUUUGUGUCGACAAGUGACCAGCUUGCAGAGUUAUGCCAUCAUAUUUUUAUUUCAAAUUUUAGGAUUCACUGCACAAUCUUUGGUUUCUAUGUCAGUAAUGAUUAACACCUUCUUGUUAGUGCUGCUUCAGUGAAAUGCUUUUUUUUUAUUGGCAAGAAAGAGGAAGAGAAAAAAAAGCAAAUUCAGUCUAGAUGUGAAAACACUUCUAAGGACCAGGUGUGGUAUUUUAAUUGAUUGUGCCCUUUUUUAUUGAUGUGGUUUCGGGGUGGCUUUGUGUCGCACCCUGUCUUGGUUGUCUUGUUGUAUGGCGGUUAUCACCUUUCAAAAUGUAAAUUCAAUGUGAUCGCUUUCAGCUGUAGAUCAGAUUUUUUUUUGUUGGGUUUUGUAAAAGGAAUAAGCCUCAGCAACCAUGUUAUAAUGUUAUAAACCAUUUAUCAAUAAUGGAAAAUUGACACUGUUGUAAUAAAAAACUUUGUUAUCAGGA